AGUUAGCGCUCCAGCUACUUCAUGCUCAAGACAGUACAAGUGCAAUUAUAAUGAGUACAUGGCUGCAGUCCUGGCUCACUUGGUUCCCUUGUAGGCAAAAACAUGGAGGGGGUCUUUCUUCGUAAAGAACUGCUACACAUUAUUCCUCUCUAAAACCCUGCUCCAUAUUUCAGACUAUCAAAUCCUUCUUUUUGAAGUCUUUGAAGUCAUGUUCAUGGGAAUCCACAUGAAUAAUGACACUUGAAAGUUCUAGAGUUCUUGGGUGACACAUUGCAUCACAAUGACCAACAUUCUUAAAUUCCACACAGGCUUGUCACUCCACUCCCGGGUCCUCUCCACCCAACCUGGCAACGCACAUACGUGUGGGCUGAGGGAAAGUGUCGACUCCAGUGAUGGCUGAAAGCGAGCAGAGCAUCAGCCUGGCCGGUAUGCCGCUGUAUGACGUCGACCCAGAGGAGAGCGAGGAGCCGCUCCCACGGGACCAGGCAGACAGUGGAGAUGAGUGGGACACAGAUCUGGAGGAGUGCGACAUCGGGAGGAGUAGACAAGUGGUAUCAGCUGCUGAUCUUUACCUGCAAGCCUGUGAGGUUGUGGGUGUCAUCCCAACAACAUACUACCUGCGUAACCUGGGCAACGCCACCCUUAACAUGAAUCACCAUGGUCUGGGGCCAAAUGGGACCAAAGCACUGGCCAUCGCUUUAGUGUCUGACAUACAGAUUACAGAGCUGGAGCUGGAGGACAACGGCCUUCUACCAGAGGGUGCAAAGUAUCUGGGGGAGAUGCUGAAGGAGAACGUCACCAUUCAGAGGAUGAAUCUUUCGAAUAACAACCUCCAGGCCACUGGUGCUGAAAGCAUUGCUAAAAUGCUGCUAGACAACAUCUCCAUCAACACACUUAAUUUAUCAGGAAAUAGAUUCAUCGAUGAAGCAGCCAAAAGUUUUGCAGAUGCCUUAGCAAUUAAUUACCGUAUCAAAACACUGGAUCUAAGCCAUAACUGUUUCUGUGAGACAGGUGGAGAGCACCUAGGCCAUAUGCUUGCCAUUAAUGAGAGUGUGGAGAUUCUGAAUCUGAGCUGGAACUUCCUGCGCAUGAAUGGAGCAGUGGCUCUUUGCAAUGGAUUAAAGGUGAAUAUGACGCUGACGCAUCUGGACCUGUCAUACAAUGGCUUUGGCAGUGAGGGAGCUCGGGCACUAGGGGACGCUUUUCGCCACAACAACACCCUGGUCUCUCUGGACCUCUCCAGCAACUGCAUAACCGACGAAGCUAUGAGACUGCUGUGCCAUGGCCUGGCGUUCAAUGACACCCUCAGGGUUCUGCGGUUGCUUCACAACCCAAUAAGAUCUGAAGGAGCCUCCUUGCUGCUCAACACAGUUAAAACCAACUCAAAGUCAGGACUGGAGGAGAUAAACAUAUCAACGGUUAUGGUGAGUGAGGCCUUUGUGACGUUGUUGGAGAGCAUGCAGCUGGAGCACCCUGCGCUGGACAUCCAGUACAAGGGAGUCAAUGGCUCCUUCUGCCGAACCCAUAAGCCUGACCCCUUGAAGGUCAUUCAGUAUUUUCUUGAAGAACGUAAGCAGUGCCUUGUGGACUUCUUUAAGAGUAUAGACAAGGAGGGAACCAUGAGAGUCCACACCUUAGAUCUCAAGAAGGCUAUACAGCAAGCAAAGAUGCCACUUGAUAGCAUCAACAUUGAGGUGUUGAUUCAGAAACUGGACUUGGAUAAGACUGGCAUGAUCGAUUACAGUUUCACAGGACAGCCAGAGCCCUGAGAAACAGUAGCUGCAGUCCACUUGAUCCAGGACAUACUGUAAUGACACGCAGCUAGGGAGGAGGAGAGGGCCGUUUAAUGAAGCUAAAAUGAGUAAAAAAAAAAUGCCAAAAGACAGCUUAAGUGUCUCCUCUAUAUCACAUACACGGAUAAUCACUUGCUUGUAGUGCCAAAGGCAGCAGUGUUUACCAGUCAUUCUCUCUUUCAGUCAGUAUUGUCUAUCACCAGAUAAAAAAAAAAUAUAUACAGUAUAUUAGUGGAUUGUUAAGUACAGUGGAGUUAAGGACUACUUUAACCACUUUUUCAAAAUGACACCCUUAAACACUCAGAGAAAUAUUGCAUAACAGAUAUUUUAGUGUAUUUGAUAAAAUACUUCCAGUCUAAACCUAUACCAUUUGCCCCUGAAUUCACAGAGUGUUUGAAGUGAACUAGAACUGAGUUAGGGGUCUGGGUAUAAGGCAGGGUGAAUGAAGUGGCCAAAGGAAAGCCUAAUAUUAGGCGUAAUAGAGCUCUAUCUUCAGGGAGACACUUUCAGAUCAUGAAAAACCUCCAUUUAACAUUUUAAUGUCAAUUCAGCAGGUGAAAAUGCAGUCAGAAAUCUAAUAUUGAGACUUCAAACCUACUACUAAAAUAAAAUAACUUGAUAGUUGUUAUGGUGUUAUGGGCAUAGUAGAGGUUUUUUCCUGUGUCUGCCAUUUUCCCUGUCUCUACAAGGUGGGCGUGGUCUCAGACCUUAAGCGAUUGCUGGGCGGGACUUCUCCCUUUAUUAAGCCGGCCUUCCCCAAGAUGGCGGCGCUCGUUAUCAGGAACCGGAUUGUACUAUGGUUUCACCAGGAUCUUGACCUGUUCCAGCGUUCCCUGGCUUAUAAAGACACUGUGCCUCACCAGAGACUUUGCCUUUGAAGACCCUUAUGCGUCAUACGCGCUUUUUCGUUUGUCCGUGUCUCAGUUGUUCACUGGCUGUUUGUUUAUGCUUCCUGCACUUUUCUAGCUUAGAGGUAGAUAGUGCAGGCAAGGAAGUUGCCCGUAAGACUCACCUUCUUUUUUUCUUUAUUCGCGAGUGAGGUAAGCUGCAGCGACUACUUAUUUAUUUACUUCUUGGAGGUUAUUUUAGUUUUCUCUUCUCUUUUAACGGCAACCACCAUUGUUUUUGUAAAUAAAGACGUUAUAUUUACCCUGCAACUGAGAGUCUGGCAACUUUAUGUUACGAGACCGUUGGUUCUUCAGGUCUGUCGUAACAAUAGUUUAGUGGGGACAGGACAUUUGGCAAAAUAAGAACAAUUGGUUUUACUUUUGAUGUGCGCUGGGAUUGGAAAUGGAACUGGAAAUGGCUUCUCUGAAUUAGAAAAGCAAUUUGAAAUGUGGCCUAAUGUCCAAUAAAGCUCCCAUGUCCUGAUACAUUAUCAGUCUUCAUGUUUGAUGUGACACCUGCACACUUGCAGAUGGAAUACUGUACAAAACAUAACCACUCAGAGCUAAAGAGCUAUUAGCUUAUGACUGCAACCCAUUUGUGGUUGGAACGUUAUAUGAGGAAUGGGGUUCAAAGGCUUUUUCAAACCCUCCCACGCUGCCCUUCCGAAGCCCAGGGGGCUGAAGUAUAACUGCACUUGGCACUUGAUCUAUAGAUGUUGAUACCAUGUUUAUUGCUAACGUUUAUAUUACUGAAGUUUCUAAAUAGUUCAUUUUAAGUGAUUUUAGUGAGUGCACAGUAGUAAUGUCUUAAGUGCGGGUAUAAGUGCCUGUGUUUAUUGGAUAGUUGUGUGAGGUUUCAGUGAAACUCCUAGUACAAAUUCUGUCGGCCAGUCAAAAUACUGGGUACCAUUGGAGGGCGCUGAAAGCAGGCCAGGACAUCUAAUGUUUUUGACUGUCCUUAAACUGAUACCUAGUCUGUGGGGUAACUUUGUGAAACAAGGGAAUCAUAUAUGAAACUUGUUUAUGUAUGUUCAUGUUUACUAGUGCAAUGCCAUUCCCUUCCCUAUGCACUGUAUAAACUCAAUAUCUAGUUAUUAAUAUUGGAGAAGAAGAAUGGAACUCAGUUAAUGGUGCAUGAUUGUACUCCACUGCCUCUGCAUUCUAGGUCUGUGGCUCAUGUGUGAUUCACUGGCUCAAUAUGCAUUACAUGAAGUGAACAGAAAAAUAAGCCCAUGAACAAACAAUAACAACACAGUUUAGGUAAAUUAGGCCUGUGAUGUUCCUAAUUUGGCAUCUAUCCUUUCCUAAUGACCAUCUUUCAUCUUACUCCACACAAAGACUUAAAGGUCCCUGCAUUAUUUAGAAUGCGCCAUCUGUAUUCAAACAUCACGCCAUUUCAAGAUACGUGAGGAAUAACAAAAACACCCCGACCAAAAACAGAUAUCUAUGCACCUUGCCAAUUAAAACAAUCUCUCUGUGUCGUGCUAAUGGAAUCUUGAGUGGCAAUAAAAGUAAAUAAAUAAAUUAAAAGCCCAUCAUGUUUUUGUUCUAGGUAUUCAUGCCCAUUACGAUCUCCUUCAUUCUAAUGGUAAUCUGAUGUUUGGAGUAUUUCAUUUUUUUUGGGAUGGGUAUUUUUUGGGGGGUUGGGGUGGGUAGUGUUUCCAUAAUGAAGUCUAUGUUCUCAGUCUCCCCACGAAUGGCAUUGUUCAGACGCUUGUGUAGGUGCUGGCAAAGAAACAAAGAUACUCAUUAGGAGAGCAUUGUCCCUUCACGGUUAUGAAGGUAAACAGAAACGGCCCACAGCCCGGAGGCACAGCUGCACGCUCUCGAAAAAGAAGGGGGCUUUUGUAGUAGACGUAGGAAGCGCCAAGCAACCCCUAAGACUCUUGUCGGGGAUGGUUCAAUGACUGUGGAUCAUCUCCAAAAAGGCGUUGAGUAUUAAUUAGUUUGGAGAAACAUCAAUCCUUGGCGUUGAUGCAUGCUCUUCGUUUGGGAGUUUUGGGUAACGAGCACCUACGGGUUUGAGACUAGGAGACGUCACAUCACGUUCAAGGCUCUCGUGAACAUUUCCAAAACCACUGAAGCGAAGGUGAUGGCUGUACUUGGUGUUUUCCGUGAAUGUUUUAGUGUCCUGUUUAGAAGGUGGUGGCAUGCUUCUUUCAGACUGUUAUUAAUGCUUUAUUAAUCUUUUUCUACCAUAAUUUGUUAUCAUGAAGUUCUACAUAGCAGUCUAUAGUAUCAAUAAAUGUUGUGAAAUAACUGCGAGAGAUAUUUUUGUAAAAAAGAAAACAUCCCGGGAGAAAAUGAUCUAUAAUAAAAACAAAAACUCAUUUAGGACACAGAGUUACAUAAAACUAGGGCUUUUAAUGUUUUCAAUCGGAUGUUUAAAUAGCAACAUGUACGGAGUACAAUGGGUAAAGAAAUAAUAGAGAUAGUAGAUGAGGGCAAAGAGCUACUUGUGCGUCUCAAAACAUAACCCUGA